AUGCAGAAGAGCAAAGGAUUUCUAAAUGUACAGAAUCUGUUAAUGAUAUCAUGUCUUCAGCUGGCAAUGUCUACAAUGUGUCAUCUGAUCUGUCUCUUCAGGGCUUCGAUCUGUCUCCUGAGAAGGCCAUUGUUGCGUUUGUCUUUGCCGCUCUGAAUUAUAUAAUUAUAUUGUUCUGCAACUCCUUCCUCCUGUUCACAAUCAUAACCAAUAAGGGUCUUCAUGAACCGAUGUACAUUCUCCUGUUAAAUUUGCCUAUUAAUGACCUCAUAGGCUCCACUUGCUUGUUCCCUCAUAUCAUGCGGGAGCUCCUGUUUGACACCAGGACCAUGUCGUUCUCCAUUUGUAUCACUCAGGCUUUCUUUAUACAUGUAUAUGCUCUGUCUGCGGUCUUUAUCUUGACUGCCAUGGCAUAUGACAGAUAUGUUGCUAUCUGCCAGCCAAUGAGAUACAUUACCAUUAUGAGCAACGUGCACCUCAUGAAGAUCAUCUCGUUGGUUUGGCUCUCUAAUUUGACACUGAUAGCCGUGCUUUUCAUUCUCCUCCUGCGUUUGCCUCGCUGUAGGUCUUACCUUACCCAUCCGUACUGUGACAAUCCCUCCCUGCUUCAGUUGGUCUGUGGAGACACGGCCAUUAAUAACAUUUAUGGACUGUUGUUGACAGCUGUCUGUCAGGUGAUAUCAGUUGGUCUGAUUUUGUACACAUACCUACAGAUCCUCAUAGCUUGCUUUCGCAACAAAAGCUCUGACACGAGAAGUAAAGCUCUGCAGACGUGUGGUACACAUCUAGUUGUCUUUAUCUUGUUUGAGUGUUUGGGUCUUUUCACGAUCAUCUCAUACAGGAUAAAAGAUAUUUCUCCUCACUUAAGAAAAUUCAUUGCGGUUGCUGCUAUGAUAUUGCCACCGACAAUGAAUCCUGUUAUAUAUGGAAUGAGAACUAAAGAAAUCAGGGUCAAAGGGACCAAAUUUUUCAAGAAAAAAGUUUUUGCAUUGUGAACAAAUAACUUUAGAAUCACAGUUUAGCAGGUUGUGACAUGUCCUGAUAUAUCCUUUUCUGCUGGACUUAAUUUGACUGAUAUUUAAAAAAGGGCUAAAUGCAAUUCCAGUUUAUGACCAUAAGAUAGAAACCUAAACCACUUUUUAAAACGUUUUUUUGAAAUGGUACCAGUGGCACAUACAUACACUACAUACACAUAUACACACAAUAUAUAAAUAUAUGUUAUAUUGUAGUCUAAAUUUUAAAAUGAAAUUAUUAAGCUGAGUAAUGAGCCAAGAUCCUUGGUAUCUCAGAACACAAGAUUGGUUACAAGUAUGGCAAAAAAUAUGAAUAAAUAUUGUGUUUUUCAUUUCUAGAUUUAAACACACUCUUUAUUUUUUCUUAAUACCUCCGUAAACUUUUUACAAGAUCUUACAAGUUGUUUAGUACUAUUGUCUACUAAAUUGAUGUCUCU